CAAAUGUUUAAUAGUUACGAGAAAGGUCUACAAAAGAUAAGAUUUUAACUAAAACUUUCAUAUUUACGAGAAAAGAUUAUAAAAAAAGGUAUGUAUCUCUCUUGAGUUGAGAUUGGUUUGAAUAGGAGGAUGUUCCUCCUAAUACAGAUAGUUUGUUUUCAAAGCUUGAAUUAUAGAAUAGUUACGGAAAAAGAUUUAUGGAUAGUUUUAUGUUUUUAAACUGGUUGGGAUUGCCUUUAUGGUGUCUCAAGGAAUUGGAACCUUGUCGGCAUCGUCUCGACAUUACAAAAUAGUUGGGGGUACUUUGAUCAGUACCUCGGCCUUAGAUCUUCUGUUGGGGUUUGGCCGUAUGUAGGGUGUGCAAACUAGGGGUCUUUGUCUAUAAUUAUCCGGAGGGCCUAGCUAGCCCAAAGGCAAGGAAAGUUCGUUCCAUUCCCUAGGUUUAUGAUUCUUUCUUCGUGAAAGAAAAAGGAAAGCAAGGAUUUGUUUGGAAAAGGAAAAAAAAAAGAAAGAUUUCGAAAAAAAGAAAAAGAAAGGAUUUGAUUUAAAGAAGGAAAUAGAAAGGAUUUGAUUUAGAAAUAGAAAAGAAAGGAUUUGUUUUAGAAAAGAAAGAAAGAAAUGAUUUUAUAAAGUUUGUUAUUUUAUUUAUAUGUUUUGAAAGAAAAAUGAUUUGUAGGAUAUGAUUAAUGCAUCCUACCUGCAUAUAUAAUUGGCUUUACAAUAUGGAAUCUUUCUCAGCCAAACUGGCUGAUAUUAUAUGCAGGUACAUGAAGGUAGUAUUAUUGAUGAAGGUCUGAUAUAUGUUAUUCAUAUUAUUUGUAUCGCGGCGAGGACGACCGGCUGUGUAAUAUUAUAGUUAAUAGUUAAUUUGUAAUUAAAUUAAAAAGAUUUGAGUUUGUAAAGUUUUAAAAUUGUUUGGAUUGCUGGAUUUUGUGGAUACAGGAUUAUGAAUCGGACGCGAGUCCUAAAUUAAGUUUUAGGCGGUCCAUAUUACAAAUGGAAUUCUGCUGAAUUUUCUGUAGAAUUUUAAUAACAUAUCUAGCUGUUUAAAAUAUUUGAGGAUCACUUAAUAUAGUUUAUAAGAGUUAGAGGUUCUAAUAUAUUCAUUGGAUUCUAAAAGUUUUAGUAAGUUAAGCGUUUUUGAGGUCCACACUCGUGGUAAGUGUGAUGGUAAUGACCCGGAUUAGGAUGUCCGCUGUGUUUAGUUCCUAAUUAGGUUGGUUGUAGAUUCGGGUUGUUACAGUCUCUGUUACCCGGACUCGGCAAAUUUCGCCAAAUACCUGUGUCGGUACGACACUGACACGGGUACGAAAUACGCGUCGGAUCCUUUACUUUGCACUCGGACACGGCCAAAGUAGAAGAGGGAGAAACAGAAACCCUAAAUCUAACAAAAGAGAAAUACAAAUAAAGAAAAAACACAAGAUCUAUUACCAAUUUCGCUCCAUAUCUUCAACUUCAUAGAAUUGGAGAUUGAUUUGUACCAAAUAAUAACGAUAUCACCUUCAAUUUUCAGAUCUAGGGUUUGAGUAGUAAACCCUAGAUCUGAAAAUUGAAAGCGAAAGCGUCGAGAUUAUAAAAGAGAGAGUGGGGCUUUUGCACGUCAAGACGAGGCGCAUUUAUUAGUUGAAUUUGCUCGCCGUCGAUGAUCCGACGAGUUCACCGGCAAAAAUGAAGAUCCAUCUUCUACUUUGUGGGUGAGGUUCUGAAAGGUCGAAGUGAAGAGGGAGAAAAACAGAAUGGGUGGGCCAGAGGUUUGUUUUAACUUUUUUAAUUAAAAAGAUUGGUGGGCCAAGGAGAUUUCUUUUUUAUUUUUGACAGCAACAAAAGAGAUUUUGAAUGUAUUUAAUUAUUUCUUUUCAAAUAUUAUCAUAGUGUACAUACUUUAUCUUUUUGACUUUUUUUUGCUGUUCCCUUAUUUUUUUUUUGAUGUUUUCCAUAUCUGUGUCUUCACUCUUCAUUCUUAAAUUUUAGUUUCUAAAUUUUAAGUAAUAUUAAUAAUAAAAAAUUAUUUUCGCGUACCCGUACCCGUGUCCAAAUUUCGGAGAGAGUCCCCGUGUCCUGAUUUUUUGGAAUUGCCGUACCCGACACUCGGAUCCGUACCCGUUUCCGACACUCCUAGCCGAGUCCAGAUUUUUUAUGGGCUGAGGGACAACAUAAAAAGCUUCAAGAAUGACAGCUGCACAACUUUGUGGUGGGAAAAUCUCAGCAGCAUUUGCUAGCACUAGGAGAAGAUGGAGCAUGGCAAACAAGACAUCUGGUUCAAAUUCCAUGGGCCGAUCAUUUGGAUCUUGUUCUUCAUUAGCAGCUAUUCGGAAGAGAUGUGAAGAUGUUUCUGGACGCUAUUAUCUGUCUGCUGACAGAAGAAAGUUUUCUCAGGAAGCCGUUAUUCGUUGUAGAAAGCCUUUUCAGAAUGUGACAUAUAGUCUAGUGAGUUCCGAAUGCAGUAUGGAGCCUUGUGAUGUGGAGGAUGAUUCUCAUGACUUAGUGGAAACAGUUGCCGAGGAGGCUUCUCUCAAAAAGGAUGAUGAUAAUGGUGUAAGCGAGUCCGUAUUUCAGCCUCCCAAUCAGUUGCCCCCUCAGAAUGUUAAACGGGAGCUUAUUAUGCUUUCUUUGCCCGCAUUAGCUAGCCAGGCCAUUGAUCCUAUGGCGCAGCUGAUGGAGACAGCUUAUAUUGGCAGAUUAGGAGCUGUACAACUAGCAUCAGCUGGUGUUUCUAUGUCAAUCUUUAAUAUUAUUUCGAAGCUAUUCAACAUACCACUUCUAAGUGUUGCUACUUCUUUCGUAGCGGAAGAUAUAUCAAAGUCUUCUUCAGAUGGUCAUGAAGAGUUCGAAAGAAAACAGUUGUCAUCAGUUUCUACAGCAUUGUUACUCGCUGCAGGCAUUGGCAUCAUUGAGGCCCUAGCUUUACUCUUGGGAACCGGAUCAUUCCUCAGUUUGAUGGGUAUCUCAUCAGAUUCUCCAAUGCGAGUUCCGGCGCAGAGAUUUUUAUCACUUAGAGCUCUUGGUGCCCCUGCUGUAGUAAUGUCAUUAGCUCUUCAGGGAAUCCUAAGAGGCUUCAAAGACACCAAAACUCCUGUAUUCUGUCUAGCUCGGCAGGGAAUCCUAAGGGAAUUCAAGGACACCAAAUCCCCUGUAUUCUGUUUAGGCGUCGCUAAUCUUGCAGCUGUUUUCAUGUUCCCACUCUUUAUAUAUUAUUUUCAGAUGGGUGUUACUGGAGCAGCCACUGCUACUGUUGUUUCUCAAUAUAUUGGUAGCUUCUUGAUGAUUUGGUUUCUUAGCAAGAGGGCAAUAUUAUUACCUCCAAAAUUGGGAGAUUUGAACUUUGGAGUCUAUUUGAAGUCUGGUGGUUUUCUUAUUGGAAGAACGUUGGCUGUUCUGAUAACUAUGACGAUCGGGACCUCAAUGGCUGCUCGUCAAGGUCCUCUAGCCAUGGCUGCUCAUCAAAUCUGUAUGCAAGUGUGGUUGGCUGUCUCUCUUCUUACUGAUGCAUUGGCAGCAUCUGGUCAGGCUCUGGUAGCUAGUUCAUUGUCAAAAGGUGACUAUAAUACAGUGAAAGAGCUAACCAACUUUGUAUUAAAGAUUGGAAUAAUUACUGGUACCGCCUUAGCUGUGCUAUUGGGAUCCUCUUUUGGUUCUUUAGCGAACUUGUUCACCAAGGAUUAUGCUGUGUUACAGAUUGUUAAAUCUGGCACUUGGUUUGUCAGUGCAAGUCAGCCUCUCAACUCUCUAGCUUUCAUUUUUGACGGUCUCCAUUAUGGCGCUUCAGAUUUCCCCUACGCUGCUUGUUCCAUGAUUUUGGUAGGAGCAAUAUCAUCCGCUGUCCUGCUCUAUGCUCCGUCAGUGAUUGGUCUUCGUGGUGUAUGGCUCGGACUGACUCUCUUUAUGGGCUUGCGCAUGGCUGCUGGAUUUUUCAGAAUUCAAUCAAAGAAUGGUCCAUGGUGGUUCUUGCACACAGACUCGCAGUGACUUGCAGGGAUUAAUCAACUUGGAUCCGACUGAUAUAGUUAGCAUCAGCAACCUAAGUGUUACAGGACAUCGGUUCUUCAAGGUAAUAAAGAGAUCAUCCAUGAUUUCUUCGUUUGGUUUGGGCAAAAUAUUCACCAUAGGUAAUUACUAUACAUUCCUUGCUGUAAAUUGGUUCUUGUAAGCGAAUAGGGCAAUAGGCACAACCAUUGAGUAGAGUAAUUUAACAUCAGACUAGGCCAAAUGAGGGUUUAAUUAAUGUGUUGAAACCAAAAUUUGAUAAUUGUAUUACAUUUUGAAGGAGUAAACAAAUUUUCAUUUCUAACCAAGGAUGUCUUGGCCUAGUGGUUAAGAUUGAGGUGCGGUAAACAAUAGGUUGCAGGUUCGAAUCCUCCCUUUCUUUGUACUUUUCCACCUUCGUGACUCAUAUGGCUAAAAAAAACAAAAUUUCCAUUCUUUGGUAUUAAGCAAUUUCUCGCUAUUAUUUUUGUUGGUUAUUAUUAAUUAUUACAUUUUGAAGGAGUA